UGAAAUCCCAUGCUAUGUGCAGCUUGUCUGUACGGUUAGCAAAACAGCUCCACAAACCGGAAGCCUCGCUGCCAUUAAUCCCUACGAUGAUUUUAGUUACACGGGGAAAAGCCUGGGAAGCGUGUUCAGUGGCUUGGGAUGUAUAGAUUAAUAUGCAUUAACAUCUUUUAGAGAUUCUGCUAGUUUUGCAGGAGUGCAAUGGAGGAUGAGGGCUCUUCCUAGCCAAAAGGAUUAAGAAGGCUACAAAGUCUGAGAAAUAAGAAGGCAAAGAGUGGCCAGGUGGGAGAACCCCAAAUAAUCCAGUAAUUGGGCAAGGUGGAAUAUCGACAGAGGGUCAAUAGAGGGGUUAAUACGUUUGGACCAGUGGACUCUAUCUAUCACCUUGCACUGUGUAAUCCUGUGAUGUGCACAGAGAGAAGAGCAGUUUACCCUUUUCAAGACCGCUUUCCAUGUCGCCUCAUUGAUGACGGUACCAAUGUCUUGAGACCAGACAAUGCGCAGGUUAUCAGAGGGGAAAACUGCAAAUUAACAAUUAUAUUGCACAAGUAUCCACACCCGUUCUUCCAGCUUUUUUGUAACUCGGUGCUGGAAAGAUGAACGGAUUGUCGGUCAGCGAGCUGUGUGGCCUUUUCUGUUGCCCUCCUUGCCCGAGUCGGAUUGCAGCGAAACUGGCCUUCCUACCCCCAGAGCCCACUUACACUUUACUGCCUGAACUGGACUCGCCCCCGAACAUAACUUCAAACCAGAGCACCUCAUCCCUGCGCUCUCGGCUGGGUCGGAGAGCAGGGGCAGGAGGAGGAGCAGGAGACAGGGGUGGAGAGGGCAGGUGGAAGCUCCAUCUGUCAGAGCGAGCUGAGUUCCAGUAUUCCCAAAGAGAGCUGGACAGGACAGAAGUCUUCCUGACUCGCUCUAGUCGUGGAAACAAAGUGGGAUGCAUGUACAUCCGCUGUGCCCCCACAGCCAGGUACACGGUGCUGUUCUCCCACGGUAAUGCUGUGGAUCUCGGUCAGAUGAGUAGCUUCUACAUUGGCCUGGGCACACGCAUCAACUGCAACAUCUUCUCCUACGACUACUCGGGUUACGGGGCCAGCACGGGGAAGCCGUCCGAGAAGAACCUCUACGCUGACGUAGACGCGGCCUGGCACGCGCUGCGCACCAGGUAUGGGAUCAGUCCAGAGAACAUCAUCCUUUAUGGUCAAAGUAUUGGCACGGUGCCCACGGUGGACCUGGCGUCGCGGUAUGAGUGUGCUGCUGUGGUCCUUCACUCCCCUCUCACCUCGGGUAUGAGAGUGGCCUUCCCCGACACCAAGAAGACCUACUGCUUUGACGCCUUUCCAAACAUCGAGAAGGUGUCAAAGAUCACGUCUCCAGUGCUGAUCAUCCACGGCACCGAGGACGAGGUGAUUGAUUUCUCGCACGGCCUUGCCCUGUUCGAGCGCUGCCCCAAGGCCGUGGAGCCGCUGUGGGUAGAAGGGGCCGGCCACAACGACAUCGAGCUCUACAGCCAGUACCUGGAGCGCCUGCGUCGAUUCAUCAGCCAGGAACUGACCGCCCAGUAUGCCUGAAAAGCCUCUGUUUAACGCCCAGUCCAGGUGAAACGAACACUCCAGUGUCAACUUGAGGGCCUGCUUCAAAUUUUUUUUCUACUCUGUAGGCUGGUAAACAUUAACACAUACACCUGGACGGUUGAACAUCUUCGAAGCAGGACCUCGUGGGUCCAGUUUAGCAGGGCGGAGGAAAAAAAAAAACCCCACCAUAAACUGUAUUGUCAUUAUUUCUUCAUAUUAUUGUAUUAUGAUUAUAUUAUAAUUUUUUUUUUGCUCCAAGGCAUCUACAAGGAGACUGCCAUAAGUGCAAUUUCAUAGAUUAGUUCCUGUUCGGUUAAAUUUUUUGGGCUAAAGGAUUUCAUGAUUUCUGCUUUUUCCUGUAUGUCUGCUCUCUGCUGGACAGAUUGGGUGUUUCGUCUGACCUUGUGGAGACCAUUAUAUGGGUCAGGCGUGUAUGUAUUGAUUUAUUACUGACUCUUCAAAACGCUUUUUGAACUCAAGCACCUCUUUUAUCCCUUGUUCAGUUUAAUGCCAACCAGCAGAAUCUCGUGUGGUGUGUGUGUUUAACAGGACAUGAACUGAGCGAUACAUUUAGGCAGCAAGCAAUAUAACUAUGGUUACUGUGAAUAAGGCAAAGAUCUAUUGUUAUUUUUUUAUUUUUUAACACCCCAACUCGCAUCUUUUUUUUCCCUUAAGCGCAAUUAACCUUCUCAUGAUUGUAGCUUUCAUUGUUUUCAACCACGACACUAAGAUUACGAGUAACCAGUAGUUUGUGUUCUCUAUCCAUCUGAGCUUCUCUGUCGACAGUCUUCCCUUUUUCAUUCGUGUCUUUUUUUCUUUUUUUUUUUGAGCUCUUAAGUCUUGUAGCUAUUUCCCUUAGACACUGUUUCACACAUUCACAGUCUCACUGUGACACUACACAUUAGCUGUUCAUACAUCAUAUCAGUGCCUCACCUUUUAAUUCACCUGUUUUCUUCUGCACUUCGUUCCUCUCCCUCUAUUUUCCGAUCUCUCUGACUUUGUUACGCUCCUUCCUCUUUCUCCAAGCGGCAGUGUCUGUAAAGCUUAAGAGAUUCCGAGACGUUUUCGUACAUAAAUAAAUAAAACAAAAUAGCUCGUUUGUAAGAUAUCCUUUCUUUAUUUGGUAUUUUUUAUUGCAGACUUCUUCUUUUUUUUGUAAUCUGUUCGACAUGUAUUAUUGCUCACAGAUUAGCUAUACAUAAUGCAUAUUAAAAUCAUAAUGAAGAACUUGCAAAUCUAUUUUUCUAAGAGUAAGUUUUUUUGCUCUAAUGCUCCAGUUUUUGUCGAACCCAGAGCCUUUCUUAAGAGACCGGGAAAUAGUUUUAUUGCUAUUUGGUUGUUGUGAAAAGAGGAUGAUUUCACCAUAUCCCUAAGAUCAUUUGUCAUCGAUCUAAAGCCACUUUAGUAAGAUCAAAAUCUCCCUUUCAGUAAGAUCGUCCAGUUGUACAAAAUCGAUUUCAAUUCUGAAUAAAUAACUUUUCAUCUCGAAAACGCAAUAACACCAUAAUUACGCAUGUGUACGCUGCAGUCUCGCACCGUGAGCGCUCGCACCCUCGACACGCCAAACGGCAAAAUAAACCUAAACUAUAUGACGCAGAUGUUUCCCGAAAAAUUUCAGAAGUCCUCAUAUUUAAAAGAAUUAAUGUAUUAUUCUUUUUUCCCCAGCUGCAACCAUGUGUAUAUCAUGUUUCCGUUGGUGAAAGAAAUUUUUCUUUCCCUUUGUGUAUCCUUUUCUUAGCUGAAGAAUGUAUGUGCUGUAAUGUAACUAAUUAAUAAAAGUGAUGAUGACUA